CAGCGUCUCCUCUAUCGAAGGACUCGCUCCUUACUGCCUUUCGCUGGCAAAAUUCUUCAGAAAAAUGUUGUUCAUCAAGUGGCACAGAAAUUGCAAUGUAAGAACCACAAGCAAGCUGUUUACUAUGACACAGGAGCUAAGGAUCCUACCUUUUCCAGGUCAGUAUAAAUAGUUUACACUCAAGUGGAGGAUCAGCUGGCGGUAGGAUCCUAUACGGUCCGCACAAAGGGUGGAAGAGUAUAUCACCGCAACCGCUCCCACCGGCGUUGCCGAGAAAUACCAGCCCAGCUUAGAUGAUGAAGCAGUGCAAUCUGAAAAAACAAGCCGUAGCCCGUAGACUCAGUGGGGCCUACUGAAUCUCCGGCGCCGCAGAUGCCUGAUGGGUCUGUGACAGGGGGGGGGGGGGGUCCACAGCCGACCCCCAGUUUGUUUUCUCCAAAAUCCCCGGUGUCUCUCCCUCCCAGAACCGGGGGAAAUGUAAAAGGCCACCCCCCCCUUUUGUAUCUCUUGUUCAAAGGCAAAAAGAAAUUUUUCUUCAUUUUUUAUUCAAGGGGGGACGAGACACACCCCGCACCCCCCCCCCCCGGCGGUGCCCAGAAAAACCAGCCCAGCUGAGAUGGAGGAGCAGGGCCAUCUUAAAAAACAAGCCGUGGCCCGGAGGCCCGGGGGGGCCGACUGAACCCCCGGGGCCGCAGAUGUCUGAUGGGUCUGUGACAGGGGGGGGGGGGGUUCACAGACUGACUCCCAGUUAGUUUCUUCAAAUACUCCUGUGCCUGUCACCACUAGAAACGGGAGAAUAGUUAAGAGGCCACCCUACCUUUUAGAUCUCUUUGUCUAAGCGAACAAUGAAUAUUUCCUGCAUCUUUAUUUGCUGGAACUCAAAUACUAUAUGUCAUUUCAGUCACUAAAUAUACAUGCUUUCUUUUCUGCUUGUCUGUUGUUUCUUUUUCUUCAAUUUGUCAAAACAAAGGAGAUGUAACGAUGUUAGUUCCAGCACUCGGGGCCUAGGCUGGGUAAAGUUUCCAGAUGGUUUCUCGCGUUGUGUUCUGUAAUCACAUGUAGUCGUCGAAGCUUUGCUGUGAUCAAAAGAGUUGUGUUCUUCAGCUUCUGUCGAGUUUAUUGACUCACAACUCCUUUUUACUCUCCAUGCAUCUUUUGAAACCGCCACAUCCUGACAUAAAUCAAUGUUUGGCAUGAGCAGUAACGGGAUAGGGAUUUUCUUAUUUAUACACUAAAAUGUACAAGACUUGUUUUGGUUAAGAGAAGUAAAGUGAUCUUAAUAAUAAGUUUAUCCUUUGUUAGUUCUAUCUAUUGUUUAAACUUAAGGAUACAUAUAGUUCACCUUUAUUUAUUUAUUUUUUUCUUGCAAAAUUUUUUUUCAGAUAAGUUAAAUUUCGCCUUUGGAAUGUUCUCUUUCCGCUAAUAUACAGUGUAUUGCGUUUUCGAGGCUUCAUUGAGCUGGCUUGCGUUUUGUAGACAGAGUACCGUCCAUCGGAGUCGCCUGAGUAUAAUUUGAUUGUGAUUAUUUGAGACGGGUUUUUAUUGGAACACUAUACAAAAUACUGACUGUUUAUGCGUACUUUAACACUAAGCUAGGCAUAGCUUGACAUAUAUGGGAGAAAAAGGCUGUGCCUAUACUUAUUAAAAGUUAGUUUUAGUUAUUCUAAUGAAGGUUCGUUACUUUCAAAUUUACUUUCAGCGUAAAGAUGGAAAAACUAGCUAUUGCUUUAAUAGUUUUUGUGCUGCUUGGAUCAAUGUCUACCCCGUGUGACGGCUUGGCUGGUGGAUUGUAUGUCCGUAGUAGUAAGAGGAGGUCGGCCCCGAAACGUAACUACAAAGAUUUAAAUGACGGCUACAAUGAAGUCAGCAGAAGCAUCUACAGAACCUUCAAUGAAAAGUACGAAGCCACUGAUGAUAAUUAUAAGGCCAAGUGA